AUGAACAAGAAUGAGCUCACUACCAAAGCAUCAUAUCUUGUAACUGAAAUUUUAGCUCGUAAGAUGAAGCCAUUUUCAGAUGCGGAAGUAGUAAAAGAAUAUGUUGUUACAGUUUGUAAAACAUUGUUUUCGCAUUUACCUAACGAGAAACCCCGGAGUGUUUCUACGAAUUCUUCUCUACCAGUCUACCUAAGAAAAGAGGUGGAAAAAAAUUCAAAACGUUUAAUAUUUGCUAUCAGUAAGGCAACGAAAUAUCGAAUUGAAGAAAACACCGAUUUCAAAAAGAAAAUAGUACUGUUGAAAAGAGAUAUCCUCAAUGCCCCUUCCCAUGUAUUUGGUGAACACGCCGAAUGUGAAGCGAUCAAUUAUUUUAAAUGUGACAGAAAAGGCACCAAUUUCGUAAUACUUAUGAAAGAAUGUGGGUUUUACAGAGACAUCCUGGUUUGCUUGAAUCGACUUAUUUUGAAUAUCGAAAGUUUGAUUCACAAUUUGAAUAAUAAUCUUGCUGAACAUUAUAACUCAAUUAACUUUUCGAAAAGGAAUUCCUGUCAGACCAGAUGUGAAGCUGCAGUAAUAUCAUUCAACAAGGGAGCAGAACAUUAUGAUAUGCUCCAUAAGGCAAUAACAGGAAAUGAGCCCAAUACAUACACAAAGAAAUAUUUAAAAAUAAUUGGAAAAAGGAAACUAAGAUUUGCGAAACUAACGAAAGAAAGAAAGGAGCUUUUCCAGAUAGGGACUAUGGCAAACGCGACACAAUAUGGGAAAUUAAACGAGCCGUUUGCAGUCGAUGAUUUUGAGGCAAUCUCCAAACACAAAGUAAAAGAAUGUGGGCUAUUCAUCGAUAAAGUGGUGGAUGACAACGCCAUUUUAGAAAUAAAGUGUCCUUUGAAUAUUAAGGACAUGAGUCCAGAAGAGGACAUACGAACAAAAAAAUAA